AUGAAAAUCACCUGGCGCGACUCUGCCACCGAUGCGGAAUACGAACAUGCCCGCGUCGGACGCGUCUUCAAUCAGCGUCGCCCCAAACGGUUCCCCUUAGCUGUAGUCCACGCCACUUGUGAGAAUGACAUUGUAGAAGCAGUCAAGUUGGCCGCGGAGCGCAACUGCCGAGUCGCAGUUCGCUCCGGCGGUCAUUCCUGGGCUGCCUGGAGCGUGCGCGACUGCUCCAUCUUGAUUGACCUUGAAAACUACAAAGAGCUCGAAGUGGAUGCGCCAAAGAAAAUGGCCAAGGCGUCGCCCAGUAUGACUGGCAGGGAGCUCAACUCGGUCUUGGUCGACAAGCACCAGUUGAUGUUCCCCGGUGGUCACUGCCCAGACGUUGGGCUUGGUGGAUUUUUACUUCAGGGUGGAAUGGGCUGGAACUGCCGUAACUGGGGAUGGGCAUGUGAGAGAGUAGAGGCCGUGGACGUCGUCACUGCGAAAGGCGAGUUGCUCCACUGCAAUUCCCAGCAAAAUCAGGAGCUCUACUGGGCAGCUCGAGGAGCGGGACCAGGGUUUCCCGGUGUGGUCACCAAAUUCCAUCUCAGAUUGAACUCUUACCCUGCGAAUGGAUUCCGGUCUUCCGGCUACGUCUAUCCCAUUAGCAUGUACCGCGAGGCUUUCCAGUGGGUUCUCGACAUCACGCCAACAUUCGACCAAGACACCGAGAUAGCGGCGGUUGCCCACUAUCCGAAUGAGAAGAGCGAGAUGGUGUUUUUCGUCCUGUUCGUUACCAUGAAGGACAAUGCUCAUGACUCUGAGAAGGCCCUCCGCAAGGCUCAGAACAGCCGACCCGUAGGCACCAUCGUGGAAUGGUUCUGCCAAGAGGACAGCCUCGAGCGCCAAUACACCAAUCAGGCCGACAAGAACCCAGAUCACCACCGGUAUUGCACUGAUAAUGCGUACCUCAAGAACGAUACAGACGUCCCAGCUGUCCUGGAAGAGGCAUUUACAACACUUCCGCAUAAGAAGGCAUUCUCUCUGUGGUAUGGCAUGAACCCCUGCAGCCAAAGGAAGCUCCCGGAUAUGGCCCUCAGCAUGCAAUCGGACCAUUACUUCGCCCUAUACACAGUUUGGGAGGAGGAGAAGGAUGACCCACGCUGCUUGGAGUGGGUUCGGAACGUCAUGACAAGGGUGGAAAAGCAUUCAGUGGGUGCCUAUCUCGGAGAUUCAGACUUCCAAACCCGGAAGAGCAAGUACUGGGCAAAUGAGAAUGCCAUGCGCCUGAUGGAGAUUCGUCGCAAGUGGGACCCGCAAGGGAGAAUCUGUGGAUACCUCGAUCAAGGAGACGCGUCAGGCACAAAGGGAUUGGAUAAUACUCACCAGUGGGAGAUGUGA